UCUGGUAAGAAAGGCGCAUGACGUUGGAACCGGAGUUUCAGUUAAACAAAUAGUAAAUACGUCAUUAGUGGCCAAGUUGAUAACUUUUUGGCGACAGAAAUGUUUCAUCAAGAAAGAGUUGACAGCCAACUUCCACAAAACAAUUCUCGAUACUUCAUCAUUCAUUUGGCAACAAACGCCGAUAGAGCGAAUCUCAUGAUCGCAUUCAAGCGCCAGAAGCAAGUGACCAAGAAAUACCCUUUUGCUUCUGUUAUCACGGGAGCUUCUUCCGUGGUAGCUUGUGGCUCGAUAGGCCUGGCUCUAGGCUGCACGGCUCUAGGUUUAUAUUCUGCUUUCAUUGGCAUCGAGGACCGAUGUUCAGGAGGAAACCUUAUUCGACACCAUAUUUCGCCACAAAUGUGCUUGAACAUGAUGUCCUUUAUCUGUCGUGAGCUACGCAUAUCGGACUCCCUACCUAAUUACGCGAAUUUGGUAAUGAGACUGCAGACUGACCCGGACUUCAAUAGAGCCGCCCUCAAGGCCUUGGCGAAAUUUUAUCGAAAGCAACUAAAGUUAAAAGUUCUACCUCCGUGGUAAUACCAUUAUAAUACUUAAGGGUUGAAUUCAGUUUGUCCGAUCGCUUUACAAGAUGAACUCGUUUUCAACUCCAGUUUUAACAUCCUAGUUUUUACGUCACAUUGUGAAACCGAAUUUUUAUUAUUAU